CAAUGAGAUGUAAACAUUAAAAGGUGGUAGGCGGAACCCUUAACGUGUAAAAAGAGAUUCUGAUCAUUUUCAUCUGAGCCCAGAAAAGUUGCAAGAUCGUUUAAAAAGCUUUGGAAUUACAAUCAAAGCUUGCAUUUAAAAACUAACAAGAGGUAUGGCUGGAACAGGAAAUCUUUCGGCUGUGUUAAAAAAGAAGGGCGAGCUUGUGUUGGAGGAUACGGCAACACCACUACCAGAGAAAAAUGAGAUCCAAAUCAAAAUGCAUGCAGUGGGUAUCUGUGGCUCGGACGUCCACUACUUGGUCAAUGGCCGUAUCGGUGAUUUUAUCGUCAACGCCCCAAUGAUUCUUGGUCAUGAGGCGGCGGGUGUGGUCUCAGCUCUCGGAGAGGGAGUGACUAGUCUGAAAGUUGGUGACCGUGUUGCUAUUGAGCCAGGUGUUCCUUGUAGGAUGUGUUCUUUCUGUAAGGAAGGACGUUACAAUCUCUGUCCGGACAUCGUCUUCUGUGCUACUCCUCCAGUGGACGGUUCCCUGCGACGCUUCUACUGCCAUGCUGCUGACUUCUGUUAUAAACUACCUGAUCAUGUAUCCCUGGAAGAGGGCGCCCUCUUGGAACCUCUUUCUGUCGGUGUUCACGCAUGUCGUAGAGCAGGCGUCAGACUCGGACACAACGUUCUUAUCCUUGGGUCUGGACCUAUUGGAUUGAUGUCUUUGCUGAGUGCUAAGGCAAUGGGAGCCACUCGUAUUAUCAUCACCGAUUUGGACCAAGGUCGUCUGGACAUGGCGUCGAAGCUUGGUGCCAAUCAUGCAUUGCGCGUGGAUACGCGUGAUCCUGAGGAGAUGGCACGUAGAGUUGAAGAAGCGUUGGGAUGUAAGCCGGACGUCAGCGUGGAGUGUAGUGGGGCAGAACCCAGCAUACAGACCGGUAUCUAUGCCACAAAAUCCGGUGGUGUUUUGGUGCUUGUUGGAUUAGGCCCACCUACUGUUAACAUUCCCAUCGUAAACGCAGCAGUUAGAGAGGUGGAUAUUCGUGGCAUUUUCAGAUAUGCUAACUGCUACCCUCUGGCCCUUGAGAUGAUUGCGUCUGGUAAGGUGGAUGCCAAACCACUCAUUACUCAUCACUUCCCUCUGGAGAAGACGCUGGACGCCUUUGAGACGUCUAGAACAGGAGCAGGAGGAGCUAUCAAAGUCAUGAUACACUGUGAUCAGUGAGAUGAACAUAAUCACAUAGAUACAAUAACAUUAAGAUAAGUGAGAUGAGGCAGAAAUAAGAAACUUUAAUGCAGAUAACCAUGAUUACAUAAUGAUAAAUAAGAUUUAUGUCAUGAGGCGGGAAAUAAUGAACUUUGAUCAAGGAAGAUAAGAGGUUGCUAUGGAAAAACAAAGACAACAGUUUCAGAUUUUUAUGACAAUAUAUAUAGUAAAAGAAACAUGUACAAUGGGUAGAUCAAGGAGAAAUAGAUAUCUGAAAGAUUGCUUGAAUCAAAGUAGUUGUUAUCUUUAAGCAAACUUGAAUCCUUGAUUCUGGUUGGUCAAUCCAUAGAAACAAGAAUGUUAUACUAACCUAUAAUGCAGGCCCAGUAUUAAACCUUGUUCAUUUGAGCUGUUUUAAGUCCAGGUAUUGCGGUAUUUUUAAGAUAAGCAUCAAGUUUUCUCAUAGAUAAAUUCAGAUAAAGCUGCUCUCAGUAAAAGAUAAGACCAAUCUUAUUAUGUAUCUUAAAUUGUACCUUUUUUAAUUACAGGGUUUUUCUUGCCAAUUUGUUAUAUAAGAAUCGGAUGCUUAAGAAUGAGGGAAGGUCAUGGGUUCGAAUCCUACCUGAGUAAUUUACCAGUGGAUUUGUUUUCACAGAACUCAGGAAAGCACCGAGAUACAGUGCUUAAUACACAUCGGUGUAAGAUAUCAGCAUGAUUUAAGGAAGCCAUGUAUUACAUAAAGUAACACGUUGCCUUGGAUAAGCGUUUGUAACCGUUUGUUAUAAAAUGCAUAAAGAUGAUUUAAAAGUAUAAUA